GCGGUUACCCUGGCAACGGCGCCGUCGGCGGAGCGAGGAGCCCGGGAGCGGCGGCAGGAUGAUGCUCUCCCGAGCCAAGCCGGCCGUGGGGGGUACCCCGCCGCCGGGAGACAGAAGGAAGAAGAAAGGGAAGAAAGUGCCGCAGCUGGAAGAGCUCCUGGCCCAGAGGGACUUCACCGGCGCCAUCGCCUUGCUGGAGUUUAAGCGCCACGUGGGUGAGCAGGAGCAGGAUACAGACCUCUGGAUCGGGUACUCUGCCUUUCAUUUGGGUGACUACAAGAGAGCAUUGGAGGAAUUUGAGGCCUUAACCAAACAACCAGAUUGCAAUCCAGAUGUGUGGGUGAACCUUGCCUGUACCUACUUUUUUCUGGGGAUGUAUACAGAAGCUGAACAAGCAGCCUUGAAAGCACCAAAGAGUCGUCUACAGAACCGUUUACUUUUUCACCUGGCACAUAAGUUCCAUGAUGAGAAGAAACUGAUGAGCUCUCACCAGAAUCUGCAAGACAUUACAGAAGAUCAGCUCAGCUUGGCAUCAAUCCACUACAUGCGGUCCCACUACCAAGAAGCUAUUGAUAUCUACAAACGCAUUCUUCUGGAUAAUCGGGAAUACCUGGCUCUGAAUGUAUAUGUGGCCCUAUGCUAUUACAAACUGGAUUACUAUGAUGUAUCACAGGAAGUGCUAGCUGUUUAUCUUCAGCAAGUUCCUGACAGCACCAUUGCUCUUAACCUUAAGGCUUGUAACCAUUUCCGACUGUACAAUGGGAAGGCUGCUGAGGCAGAGCUCAAGAACUUGACCGACAGCGCCUCAUCAUCUUUUGAAUUUGGCAAGGAGCUCAUUAAGCACAAUCUAGUGGUGUUCCGAGGAGGAGAAGGGGCUUUGCAGGUCUUGCCUCCUCUGGUUGAUGUUAUUCCUGAGGCAAGACUAAAUCUUGUGAUUUACUAUCUCCGGCAAGAUGAUGUGCAGGAGGCUUAUAACCUGAUUAAGGACCUGGAACCUACAGCUCCACAGGAGUAUGUCCUCAAAGGAGUGGUAAAUGCAGCACUUGGACAAGAAACAGGCUCGAAAGAUCAUCUGAAAAUUGCUCAGCAGUUCUUCCAGUUGGUGGGUGAGUCAGCCAGCGAAUGUGAUACCAUUCCAGGGAGACAGUGCAUGUCCUCCUGCUUCUUUCUUCUUAAACAGUUUGGUAAUGUCCUGGUUUACCUCAACUCGGUCAAGAGUUAUUUCUACAACGAUGACACUUUUAACUUCAACUACGCCCAAGCCAAAGCUGCCAUGGGCAAUUUUAGUGAGGCUGAAGAGGUGUUCCUUUUGAUCCAGAGUGAGAAGAUAAAGAAUGAUUUUGUUUACCGUAGCUGGCUAGCUCGCUGCUAUAUUAAGAAUAAGAAACCACAGAUGGCCUGGAAUCUCUAUUUGAAGAUGGAGACCUCAGGGGAGUCCUUUAACCUCUUGCAGCUCAUUGCAAAUGAUUGCUACAAAAUGGGUCAGUUUUACUAUUCAGCCAAAGCAUUUGAUGCUCUGGAAAGACUGGACAGUACUCCUGAAUACUGGGAAGGCAAGAGAGGUGCUUGUGUGGGUGUCUUUCAAAUGAUCUUACUUGGCCAUGAAGCAAAAGAGACUCUACGGGAAGUGCUGCAUCUCCUGAAGAGCACUGGUAAUUCUCAAGUAGAAUACAUCGUCCGUAUUAUGAAAAAGUGGGCCAAGGAGAACAGAGUCCCUGUUUAAGUCAUUGCCACAAAAUGAGCCGGCUCAGUUACUACCAUCUGUGUGGCUGUGAGAUGUGGGUCUUGGUUUCUCCUCUGCAUUCUGGGUGUCUCAUUCCUUACAGGACUACAGACUAUCAAGCAAGCUGGCACAGCUGGGCAACAGCAUAAUGCAGUGAGAUUGCAAAACAUUCAGCAAGUAAUUUUUUUCAUUAAAGCUUUAUUCCUCCUUUUUCUGUUGCACCGCUCUAGAUUUCUCAUUCAAAGCUUCUCAUCUUUUUAGUGGUAGCUCAAACUAUCCACAAGUCAAAGUGCCCCCCAAAUGUUCCCCAGGUUUCUCAGCACAAGUAACUGGAGUGCUUUGUGGGGUUUUUCUUCAGCAAGUCUUCUCGCCUCUCGAGGAGAAUCAUUUGUUAAAUGGCUGAGACUAAGCUACUUCAACAUGAGGUAGUACAUGGAAAGUAAAGAGGAUGAUGGUGACAAUCAAAGGCCAGUACCAGGAUAUCAGAUAAUACAUAAAUAUUUAUAUAUAUUACCUCUCUGGGGUAAAAUACAAACCUUAUUCUGAGCACUAUCCUUUUCUGGAUAAAUCUCAAUAACUAAUACCUUCAUCUUAAAUUUUUGUCUGUAAGGGUUGUUUUCUCUCUUAGCAUUAAUUCUGAAGAUGAGGGUCAGUCAACCCAAAAUGCUACAGUCCAAAGUGGCUACUUGCUUUCUAGGUUGGUUGGAAAGCAUGAAUGUACCAUCUUUUUCAGAGCAUGGAGAUCUGACCAACUGUAUUGUUCAAUCUUGCUUCAAGAUCUGACACUCAAAACAUUUAUUCAUGUUAAUAUAAUUCAUGUGUGUAGUUUAGCAAGCUGAUAAUAAAAGAACUGGAUGUUUUGACUAAUUUUCAUCAGCAUUUAUUGCCUUAGUUAGCAAUACAUUUAUUAUAUUUUUGAAUUUAUUAUACUCUCCUGUUUUCUAAGGAGAACAGUUCAGGGAAUAGAUAAUUGUAAAAAGUCAACAAUUGUAACAUAGAAAUGUAUUAUGUUUUGCAGCAAAAAACA